AUGCUGACUAAAGGAAUUAUCAGCUGCCACAGGUGUCAUGCUCAUAAGGUGAAAUGCUCCGGUGAAAGACCAUGUGAGAAAUGCCGCCUGGCUGGAUGUGCUGAAGAAUGCAAUUAUGUCUCCCGGGACCGUCAGGUCAAGGUCAACGAGAGCUACCUGGAUCAAGUCAUGAUGGAAAAUAAAUGGCUCAAGGAACAGCUACAUGACAUCAAAAACAGUAGCUCUGAAACCUCGCCACAGGGCCCGGAAGUAUCAGCCAGUGACCCCGAUUCUAAUGUCCGCAACCCUCUGCUCGGUGAUCGGGCGUGGUUUUAUUCAUAUGACCCAUCUGUCCCCCCAAUAUAUAUCGGCGAGGCAGCAUGCACAGCUUUUGCCACAAGGCUACGUCAAUUCCUGUCAAGAAACCCCGACGUACCUCACUGUCCUCGUACGCAGUAUAUCAAGGAGCCUAAUCUUCACGCGCUUUCCGGCGCCGAAACUGAUUGGCCAUCUUUGGCACAAGCACGGUUGCUGGUAAAAGUUGCCUUCAAUCAAGCUGGUCGAGUAUAUCAUCUAUUUCUACGAGAUUCGACUCUGGAUCAGCUGGAAGAAAUGUAUAGAGGUCGAAAUUUCCAGGAUUCCGUCGUCAGAUGCAAGUUUCUCGCCAUAUUCGCUCUUGGGGAAGUCUACUCGGGCCGAUCGACUACGCAUAGCGACUGUGCGGUUCCCGGGGCUGCUUACUACGUACGAGCUAUGAUGAUGAUACCCAUUUUGCCUGAAAGACCAAACUUGACCCACAUCGAGUGUCUUCUAUUACUGUCUCUCUAUUCGUACUUUCUAAAUAGACGCCACUCCGGAUUUCUUUUGAUUGGCAAUGCCCUACGCAUGGCUCUCAUUAUUGGUCUUAACCACAACAUUCCAGAGCGUCAGUGCAUGAACCCUGUCGAGCGCCAGCAUCGAGUGCGCAUAUGGUGGGCGAUAUACGUUUUUGAUCGCAUGUGGGGCUCUAAAACAGGGUUUCCUCUCGCCGUCGCAGACAAUGACAUUUACGUUGAUAUGCCUUCUGAAGUUGCUGCGGACAGCCAAUUCAGCGACCCGGAAUAUUUUGUGGCCAGUAUUGAACUUUCCAAAAUUACAGGACAAGUAAUCGACAAGGUCUACAGUCGCAAGGAACACCCUGCAUCCUUUCUACAUAGGGAACAGCAACUUCUAAUUGCUUUGAAAAAUUGGGUACAGUGUUUGCCCAGUAGCAUCAGACUGUCGCGUGACCAAUCGACCCCGAAACAUGUCCUAUCACUGCAUCUUCAAUUUAACCAGUGCAUGAUAUUGGCAACCAGGCCCAUUCUUCUAUAUGUCCUCAUGUGCCUUCGUGGCAAUCGAGGAGUUGCCGCCACUCGAAAAAGUCCCGAAAAAGUUUCGCAGCCAUUGCUCAUAUUAAGUGAAGCAUGCAUUCACGCGGCCAGGCAUUCAAAUUUGUUAAUUACGGAUGAGUGGAUUGAGGGAUCCAUGCCCAUAUUUUGUUACUUCUAUGCUCAGUACCUCUUUUCAGUAGCCCUGGUUCUGCUCAUUUCAACUCUCCUUCCUCCAGGUAACACAAACGAUUACACCUCGUUUGAAACGGCUUUUGAAAUUCUGGGAUCAAUGAGCAAGCAUGGAAAUCUUGCGGCGACCGAGUUUCAUGACAAUCUACGAUCCGUUAAACAUUGUUUAACAGAAGAAUUUGCCCCACGGACGGCCGAGAAUUAUAUCAAUACUGACAUCCUUUCGAUAUGUGGAAUUUCCGAGGGCCAUGAAGAGGAGCAGGGGGUUAAUGGCUCGGCUGGGUUGCUUCCUUCUCUAGACACCGUCGAAGAUCCUGCUUUGCUUUACAGUACAACUGCGGAUAAUCUAACUGCUGAGAUGGCGCUAUCAGGUCCGAUGAUGCAAAACUUUCUGAUGCAAUCUGAUAUUGACGCUAAUCUACUUGGUCUGAGUGGAAACGUCAUUGAAGACGCCAAUGGUUUGUUCACAGUGACGCCGUCCUCGCUAUGGACUGCAUGA